AUCCCCACCUUCCUCCUCUAGAGCCAGAUAGGGAACCAGAGCCUGACCCUGGCAGUUGGCAACCUUCCUGGUGUCUCCGGAAGGAAGACAGGCUGUGUCUGAUCAAAAGUAGCCUCUGGUGCUGCCUGGAUCUCCUAGACCAGCUCCCUUGACUCUGCUGCCUGCCUCCCUGCCUCCCUGGUUCAGCCCCGCCCCCGGCGCCAUCCCUCAGUUUGUGGACCGGCUGAAGCUUCCAGGGGCAGGACGGAGCAAAGGUCCAGGCCCACCCUCUUCUUCUCCCUGGGUGACCCGGGAUCGCGCGCGCGCGCUCGCGGGCGAAAGAGCGGAGCGUUCCGGACGGAGCGGCAGCGCGCGGGUAAUCUCAACCCGACAAAAUGUUUGCCAAAGCGACUCGGAAUUUCCUUAAAGAAGUUGAUGCUGGAGGAGACCUGAUUUCAGUCUCACACUUGAACGACUCUGACAAGCUGCAACUUCUAAGUCUGGUGACCAAAAAGAAGAGAUACUGGUGCUGGCAGAGACCCAAGUACCAGUUCUUAUCGGCCACCCUGGGAGAUGUUCUUACAGAAGGGCACUGUCUCAGUCCAGUGGUUGUGGAGUCAGACUUCGUAAAAUACGAAAGCAAGUGUGAGAACCACAAGAGCGGGACUAUCGGGACCGUCAUGGGGAAGGUCAAGCUGAAUGUUGGAGGCAAAGGCCUGGUGGAGAGUCAGUCUUCGUUUGGAACUCUGAGGAAGCAGGAGGUAGAUGUGCAGCAACUCAUUCAGGAUGCCGUCGGGAGAACAGUUAAUCUGGACAGCCUGGUGCUCCAGCAGGUGCUAGAGAGCAGGAACGAGGUCCUGUGCGUGCUGACGCAGAAGAUCGUGACAACACAGAAGUGUGUGAUUUCUGAGCACGUGCAGUCGGAGGAGACGUGCGGAGGCAUGGUGGGGAUCCAGACCAAGAUUGUGCAGGUAUCAGCAAUGGAGGACGGGACGAUCACCACGGACACCAAUGUUAUGCUGGAGAUCCCUGCUGCCACCACCAUUGCCUAUGGCAUCAUGGAGCUGUAUGUGAAAAAGGACGGCCAGUUUGAUCUAGAGGGCUGGAAGGCCAUCCUGUUGGGGAAGCAGCAGACAAGAUGGCAGGAACAGGGUACUGAGAUCUCACAUCCUUGACUGGAAGCAUGAAGCAGAGGGAACUGAUAGUGGAGUAACUCUCGCAGCCCACUUCCAGUGACAUCCCAUGGCAAGGCUACACCCUCUAAACCUCCCCACACAACACCACCAUCUGAGGAACAAAUGUUGAAGACUACGGAGAGCAUUUUUCAUGUAAGGCACCACAGGACUCCUGCUCAGAAGUGAGUGAGAGUCCCUGGUGUGUCCUGGUGGGGUUAAGUUAGCUGAGAUUAGUCAUCGACCACCCUGAGCUGUUAACAUUAUCCUCCUCGUGGUGAGCCCACCACCCCUCCCAACAUGAAACCCAUAUUGCAACUGGACCUUGCUCUGGGGAUCAUAAGUGCCAUUGCUAUUGGUAGAAGAAAAUAAGGGUCGUUCUUUCUUACUUUCUGUUUACUCUAGAUCAAUGGUUCUCAACCUGUGGGGUAAGACCCCUUUAAGGGUUGAAUGACCCUUUCACAGGGGUUGCCUAGGACCAUCAGAAAGCACUGAUAUAUACAAAAUGAUUCAUAACAGUAGCAAAAUUACAGUUAUGAAGUAGCAAUGAAAAUAGUUUUACAGUUGGGGGUCACCACAGCAGGAGGAACUGUAUUAAAAGGUCAGCACUAGGAAGGCUGAGAAGCACUGCUCUAAAUGCUCAAGGCCCCUCCCUUCCUGUUCCCAAUGAGAAUGCUACCUGAUUGCUUUGUGGGAGCAAGAAUGGGUAAAGGUAGCAUCACAAACUGUUGUUAACAUUUCUAGGUAGGAUAAUGGCUUUGUCCACUAAAAAAAAAAAAAAAAAAAAGACAUCUGUCUGUUGGAAGUUUCUUCUGAAGUGUCACAGAUGAAUAAUCUGCUUGUGGUUUGCUUCCAAAAUGGCAUCAGGGAAUGUAUGUGGUGUGAGUGGGGAAAAGGAGGAAGGCCUGGGUGACAGUUGCUGAGACUAGCAGAUGAGCAGCUUGGUCCUUGUAACUGUGUGCUCUUGGUAAGUGUGACCUUUGCCCUAGAGAAUAGGCUACACGUGUGUCUGUUUGUCACUCUCUCAUUUAUCUUUCUUUAAAAAAAAAAGAUUUAUUCAUUAUUUUAUGUAUGUGAGUACACUGUAGCUGUCUUCUGACACACCAGAAGAGGGUGUCACAUCCCCUUACAGAUGGUUGUGAGCCACCAUGUGGUUGCUGGGAAUUGAACUCAGGACCUCUGGAAGAGCAGUCAGUGCUCUUAACCGCUGAGCCAUCUCUCCAGCGUCCUCCCAUCUAUCUUGAUGGAGGGGUAAGGUGAGCUGGCCUCCUGUAAAACUGUAUUGGCUCUCAGGAAGCCCAUGCAACAUACCUCAGUGCUCGGUUGCAAAGGUGGGAACUAAGGCACAUCCAAGGGUCUGAACAAGCAUGGAACAAAACCCUGAGCCUCCCGCACUAGUUUGUCCAUUGGCCAAAGAGAAGCCUGAAUUUUGGGGAGUGGACAUGAUUUGCUUAAGGAGACAGUAAGAGAAGAUGCCAGUUUUAAGAAACUGAUCAAGAAUGCCAGGUAAGGGAAACCUGGGCUGCUAAGAGCACAGGGGUGGUGACUAUAUCCUGGUUCGGCUGGUUUGCAGCGUUUGCAUUAGAGAGAGAGGGAGGAAGACAGAGAGAAAGAGUGAGAGAGAAGGGAGGGGGAGGGGGAAUUGGAGAGAGAGAGAGAGAGAGAGAGAGAGAGAGAGAGAGAGAGAGAGAGAGAGAGUCAGAGUCUUAUGUGACCCAGGAUGGCAUUGGACUGGCUAUAUUGAUGAGGAUACCUCCAAAUACUGGAGUCUCAGGUUUAGGCUACCACACCCAGACACCCUCUGUUACUUUCUUCUCUGCCUCCUUCUUUUCCUCCCUCCCUCCUUCCUCCUCCUUACCCUCUUCCUCUUCUAUUUGCUUCCAAGCACACCUGAAGGGGAUCAGAUUGUUUCUAGUGUCUGCGUAUGAUAGGCAGUGUUUAUAUCAUAUGUAUAGCUCAGUCCAGCCGGGGCAGAUGCUUCAGGGGCCUCUCAGGCCUCGACUGAAGGUCACUCUGUUAUUUUCACCUGCUUUCUUGAGGCUCCGUUGGUGAACACCAUAAAUAUCCUAGAGCACAAUACUAUGAUAGACUACUAACUGUGAUUAACCACCAUCAAACUAAUUUACCCAGCCAGCACGUCACAUAAUUGGCAUUUGGGGGAGGGGGAGGGGGGUGGCGCCUACAUUGCGGUUAUAUUAGUUUUAGUUGAGAGCUUUAUAAAUGGUUACCCUUGUUUAUUUGUGUUUGUGUGUUAUGUGAGUGUGUGUGUAUGUGAGUGUGUGUGUAUGUGAGUGUGUGUGUUUUGUGAGUGUGUGUGUAUGUGAGUGUGUGUGUUAUGUGAGUGUGUUUGUAUGUUAUGUGAGUGUGUUUGUAUGUUAUGUGAGUGUGUGUGUGAGUGUGUGUCUUAUGUGAGUGUGUGUGUAUGUGAGUGUGUGUGUAUGUGAGUGUGUGUUAUGUGAGUAUGUGUAUGUGUGUGUGUGUUAUGUGAGUGUGUGUGUGUUAUGUGAGUGUGUGUGUAUGUGAGUGUGUGUGUAUGUGAGUGUGUGUGUUAUGUGAGUGUGUGUGUUAUGUGAGUGUGUGUAUGUGAGUGUAUGUGUAUGUGAGUGUGUGUGUGUGUGUAUGUGUGUACGUGCGUGCACACACAGGUGCAUGCCAUGGCCUGCUUGUGGAGGUCAGAGAACACCUUGUGGGAGUCAGGUUUCACUUUCCACUUUGUGGGUCCUGGGUACCCAAUUCACGCGCAUCAUUAGUCUUGGUGGCAGUCCCUUACUCACUGAGUCACUUUACUGUCCCGUGUUUGUUGAGCAUUCAAUAACCUCACAGGCUAAAGUCCACAAGACCCUGGUAAACACAGCCAAGUCUUCUUCCUCCUAUCCAGCUGAGACUGUGUGUCCUGCCCCAUCCCCACCCCAUUUCUCAGCCACAGGGAACAGAAUGGCUGCUCUGCAUUCCUUCCGGGAGAGCAGCACCCUUCAGGGUUGGCGUGAGCAAGGGAGCUUGGUGUUUCCUUUCUGUGUCUGACCUGUGCUCCCCACACAGUAUCUCCUGGGUUCAUCCAUGUUGUCCUACACGAUGAGAUUUUAUUUAUUCGGUGGCUGAGUCAGAUUCCUUUCUGUAAAUGGGCCAUGUUUUCUUGAUCUGGUCAUCUGUUGUUGAGCAUGUGGGUUGAUUCUAAGUCAGUUAUCACGCAGUAUUGCUGCCGCUGCGGGGCUCUCUCAGUUUAUUUUGCUGUUGUUAUUGGGUUUAGAUUAUUUUAUUUUCUGUGUGUGCUUGGCCUGUGUGCAUGUAUAUGCACACCUGUGUGCCUGGCAUCUCAGGAUUGCAGAGGGAGCAUCAGAGUUAGGGAUGGUUGAGGACAACCCACGUGGGUACUGGGGAGCCAAACCCAGGUCAGCUGAGCCAGCUCUCCAGUCCUGUCAGCCUUGUCUUGAAGGAGUGAAUUCAGUCAAGGGACAGAACAUUGAGCAGAUGCUCACUUAACAAAGCAACAGAAGAGCAGAGCAAAGCAACGCCCGCAGGGGUGAGAGUGGGUGUCCCUGGGUGGGGAGUCCCAGGGGUGCUGGGGCGGGGUUAAAUAAGUUUUUAUGAUUAUUUAUUGAGUGGCUGAUUUAUGAGGUCCAAAAUCACAGUGGACCAGAUCUUCCUCUCAAGUUAUUUCUUCCCAUAAUUCCUACAAAAGGGGGAGGGGCUGGCAGGCUGACAAGCCGUAAUGCUAGUAGUGAUGUUGUGGUGACCUUGAGUCUUGAGGAUGCUGAGCCUGAUAUGGAUGGAUGUCCUGUUGCCUCCCUUCUGCUGACAUAGGAAGGACCUACUGACCUACUUCAGCUUCAACGAUGUUUAUGAACAAAGGACAUUCCAGCUGUGGGGGUGGGGGUGAGGGACAUGGCUACUAAGAUAUGGCCACAUUAUCCUAGGUGACCUCACGUCUAAGUCCUUGCCUGAGCUGGUCUGGGGUGGUUGGCACUAGGUGAUGGCUCGUUAGAAGCUGUCUUUUUCUCAGUGUAGGCUGUUGGAGUUAGACAUAGGGUAUGGGAAAGGGCCACAGCACCUUUCAGGAGGGAUGGGGUUGCUUGGUAGGAUUCCUCCAGAGCCUGCUAAGACUUGCUUCCUGGUUUCUCUCAGAGGCCGGUCCUUUCUCUCCCUGGCCAAUCUGUAUCUCAUGCUCAGCUGCCAUCCGUUUCCUUCUCAUUCCCAGGGCUCCCAUCUCCAUGGUUUAACCCUAGCAUCUAUGUUUAACCCACACACUUGUUUCCGUAACAGCAUUAGCAUUAGUUCCAUUGAUGGUUCUCACAGUUGGGUAUAUAAUAGGACAGAACUUCCUCAUAACUGAAACUUGGGGUCCUUUAGCCAGUGUGUUCCCAUUUCCUCUACCUUGUAGGCCCUAACCAUCAUUGUUUUUCCCCAAUUCUGUGAGAUUUACUAAUCUAGAUUCUACAAAUGGAUGUGAGCACACAGUGUUGUCUUUCUGUUUCUGGGGUUUAAUAUUCUCUAGAUCCACAUACAGGUUUCUUUUUUCAAGAAUGAGUAAUAUUCCAUUAUGUGCAUGUAAAUGCAUUUUAAAAUUCAAUUCUGUGACUAUGUGUCAUUUCUCAAAGGUCCUUUGUAAAUGGGGCCCAUGUGAGGAUUUGGCUAUGAACUCUGGGAGGAUCCUUGGUGGCUGGAAGGCAGGAAAAAGCUCUUUUCUGCCUAACUGCCUACAGCUCAUUUGAGGUAGCUGUUUCUCCAAGGGACUUCUUUUGCCUUUUAUGCUUUCUGAAUUCCGCUGUCUCCCUCAGCCCCCAUCCCUGUCUUUGGUUUAUUUCCCAUGUCCUGGCCUUAGGGGCAGCCUCUGUCCUCUGUGGAGCAUCUACCUUUGCGUAUUGUGGCAGGACCAAUAACCAUUAAAUGGUUCUGCUUCUCUCCCUUCCUUCCCAUCUGUAUGUCCUGUCACUCUUCACAUGGAACCCACAGGCCCUCCUAAGCUUGCUGUAGGGCAGGGCAAGUCUGUCAGCCACUCUAUGCCUCAUCAGACCUUGUGUAAAAACCCUCAAGUGAGCAGACAUGGUGGCAUGUGUCCGAAAUCCCAGCACUUGUGAGGCUGAGGCAGGAGGAUCUGGGGUUAGAGAUUAGCCUGGGCUACACAGUAAAACUGUUAGAUUUUCCUGUUGCUGUGACAAAACAUUGACCAAAGGCAACUCAAGGAAGAGGUUAAUUUGACUUACGGUUCCAGGGAGAGGAGUCCAUCAUGAAGGGGCAGAGGCAUAUCAGCAAGUGGCAGGCAAGCCAGCAGGAAGCGGAGAUCACAUAGGGUGACAGUGGCUCACAGGCUGUAACUCAGAGCCCUUCCUGAGUGACUUUCUUCCUCUAGCAGGACUGCACCUUCCAAACAGUGCCACUAAACUGGGGACCAAACGCUCAAAUGCUCAGUCUUUGGGAGUUAUUUCCCAUUCAAACCACCCGACUUGGUCUCAAAAAACAGAUGCAAAGAAGCGAAAGCCUUUUUGGAUGUCUUCUACCACAGUCUGAUGUAGGUAAAAUGAGUCUGAGGUGUGAAUGAGCUGUGCUAACCCGUGCCUGGCUUGGGCUUUUCU